CAGAGAAUCCACACAGGGGAGAGGCCCUAUGAAUGCUGUGAGUGUGGGAAAACCUUCAAUUACAGAUCAGCCCUUUCUCAACAUCGGAGAAUCCACACAGGGGAGAGGCCCUUUUAUUGCAGUGAGUGUGGAAAAACCUUCCCUUGCAGCUCAUCCUUUUCUGUUCAUCAGAGAAUCCACACAGGGGAGAGGCCCUUUGAUUGCAGUGAGUGUGGGAAAAGCUUUAUUACCAGCUCAGACCUUUCUAAACAUCAGAGAAUCCACACAGGGAAGAGGCCCUAUGAAUGUCAUGAGUGUGGGAAAAGCUUCUCUAGCAGCUCAGCCCUUUCUCAACAUCAGAGAAUCCACACAGGGGAGAGGCCCUAUGAAUGCCGUGAGUGUGGGAAAAGCUUCAAUAGCAGCUCAGGCCUUUCUAAACAUCAGAGAAUCCACACAGGGGAGAGGCCCUUUUAUUGCAGUGAGUGUGGAAAAACCUUCACUUGCAGCUCAGCCCUUUCUAUUCAUCAGAGAAUCCACACAGGGGAGAGGCCCUAUGAAUGCCAUGAGUGUGGGAAAAGCUUCACUAGGAGCUCAGCCCUUUGUCAACAUCAGAGAAUCCACACAGGGGAGAGGCCCUAUGAAUGCCGUGAGUGUGGGAAAACCUUCAGUCGGAGUUCAGGCCUUUCUAAACAUCAGAGAAUCCACACAGGGGAGAGGCCCUAUGAAUGCCGUGAGUGUGGGAAAAGCUUCAUUAGCAGUUCAGGACUUUCUAAACAUCAGAGAAUCCACACAGGGAGGCCCUUUUAUUGCAGUGAGUGUGGAAAAACCUUCACUAGCAGCUCAGCCUUUUCUGUUCAUCAGAGAAUCCACACAGGGGAGAGGCCCUAUGAAUGUCAUGAGUGUGGGAAAAGCUUCUCUAGCAGCUCAGGCCUUUCUAAACAUCACAAAAUCCACACCGGUGAGAGACCUUAUAAAUGCAGUGAGUGUGGGAAAACCUUCAAUCACAGCUCACACCUUCUUACCCAUCUCAGAAUC